AUCACAUCAACCUUAUGUCUGAGUACUAUCGAUGGCAAAACCCAUCCAAAACCAAUCGAUUCUCUUACUGUCAGUAUCCUUUCAUCUUAAGUAUUGUCGCAAAGAAAACAAUUUUACAAAGAGAUUCAGAGCAGCAAAUGAUAUUGAAUGCAAGGAUCGCUAAAAAACAAAAUGAUUUGAAGAAGAAACUUAAAGUGACAUUUAUUGGUGAACCUGGCCUCGAUAUGGGUGGUCUGACCAAAGAAUGGUUCUUAUUAUUAAUCAAGCAAAUAUUCCAUGAAGAUUAUGGGAUGUUUGUAUACCACAGCAAAUCUCGGUGUUAUUGGUUUAGUACGGCACAAAUGGGCAAUCUUAGGGAAUACAACCUAAUAGGAGUUCUAAUGGGUCUCGCAGUCUAUAACUCAAUAAUACUCGAUCUUCACUUUCCGACCCUUUGCUUCAAAAAGUUGUUGAGUCCACCCGUUGUACCACAAGAUGUGGAUCGAAAUCCGGUCGGAAUGUGUAACAUAACAAUGGAUGACUUCACCCAAGUUAUGCCCGAUGUCGCCGUCGGUCUCAAAGAGUUACUCUCAUAUGAAGGCAAUGUUGAAGAAGAUUUUUGCAUGAAUUUUCAGGUUUCUGUUGAAGAGUUUGGUGAAGUAAAGACUCACGUCCUUAAGUCUAACGGACACGACAUUGUUGUUAAUAAUGAAAACAGAUUUGAUACUAAUGAC